AUGGACAUUGGAUCGGCUGUGGUGCUCGUUACCCUCCUCCUCCUCUCCUUCCUCUGGUUCCUGGUCUGGAAAAGUGGUAAGAAGAGAAGCCAGUUGCCUCCUGGACCAGCCCCAUGGCCCAUCUUGGGCAACCUACGGCAAAAGGAUGUCAUGCCCCUCUACAAGACCUACGAGAAGCUCAGCAGCACGUACGGCCCCAUCUUCACCGUCUGGCUGGGGCUGAAGCCUGUGGUGGUGCUCUGCGGGUACGAGGCAGUAAAGGAUGCUCUGGUGGGACACUAUGAGGAGUUUGGAGGGAGACCCAGAAUACCUCUUCUGAUACAGCUGUCGAAAGACUAUGGUUUUGUCUCCAACAACGAGAAGAAGUGGCGGGAGCUGCGGAGGUUCACGGUCACCACCCUGAGGGACUUCGGGAUGGGGAAAAGCUCCAUGUCGCAGCGUGUGCAGGAGGAGGCCCAGCACCUGGUGGAAGAGCUGGCAAAACUCAAAGGAGAUGCCUUUGAACCAAUGACGACGUUCAAAUACGCAGUUGCCAACGUGAUCUGCUCCAUUGUCUUCGGGAGCCGCUACAGCUACAGCGACACAGUCUUUCUGGAGCUCCUGAACGCAGUUGGGAAUUACAUCAGUUUCUUCCUCUCCCCUGUCGCCAAGAUCUACAACACCUUCCCCAGCAUCAUGCAAUGCCUCCCCGGGCCACACCAGAAAGUCCUGGCUGAGUGUGAGAAGCUGAAGGACUACAUCCGAAAAAGAGUUGAACUUCACAAGCAGACGCUGGAUCCCAGCUCCCCCCGGGACUAUAUCGACUGUUUCCUUAUGAAAGCAGAGAAGGAGAAAAACAGCAAGGAGAAUAUGUACAGCAGCGAAGACUUGAUCAUGUCAGUAUUCAACCUCUUUGGUGCUGGGACAGUGACUACUAGCAACGCCCUAGUCUUCUUCCUCUUCAUCCUGGCAAAACACCCCCACAUUCAAGCCAAGGUGCAGGAGGAGAUCGACGCGGUGGUAGGCAGCGGCCGCGCUCCCUGCACGGAGGACAAGCUGAGGAUGCCCUACACCAACGCUGUGAUCCACGAGCUGCAGCGCUUCCACAAGACACGCAUCGAGAACUUCCCUCGCAUGACCACGCAGGACGUCGUGUUCAGGGGCUACACCAUCCCCAAGGGCACAGCUGUGAUUCCAGUAUUUUCUUCUGUGCAUUCGGACCCAACGCAGUGGGAGAACCCCAAAAACGUUGACCCGAACCACUUCUUGGACGAGAAGGGCGAGUUCAGGAAGCGUGAAGCCUUCAUGGCUUUCUCAGCAGGGAAGCGGAUGUGCCCAGGAGAGGCGCUGGCCCGCAUUGAGCUCUUCCUCUUCCUCACCACACUGCUGCAGAACUUCACCUUCCAGUUCGCCAUCAAGUACGAGGAGACAGAUUUGUUCUCCCUGUGGCUGGAGAUAGAGAGGAGGGCAAUACCAGCCAAGUUCUUCGCUAUUCCACGCUCAGCAUCCUCUUAG